AUGGUCGAAUUAACAUCAGAAUACAUGCUUUUUCCUGAGCCUAAACCAAGCACAUUUAAUUCUCUUUUAUCCCUUCUUAAGCAGAGAGAAUCAAAGCCUCAUUGUGUCACUAUAAAAACCCAAAAUACUCCAACAUGCUGUGUUCACUAUAUCGAUAAAAAUUUAUUUGUCGGCCUGAGCAAUGGUCAAGUUUUAUCUAUAAAUUUAUAUAAUUCCUAUGAAGAAAAACGAUUUUCUGCUCACAAGCUUUCUAUUCAUACUAUGGCAAUUGAUUCUUCUUUACAACAUUUAAUUACAGGAGGAAAAGAUAAAAUUAUAAAAGAAUGAGACUUUGAUGGAAAUUUAUUAGGAAUUUACCCAUCCACAAACUUUAAAGUAACUGCAUUAUAUUGUACUAAUAAAUAUUUAUUGUCAGGAGAUACUAAUGGGAGAUUUACAGUUUACGACAUUUUGACGAGAAAAAUUGUGUUUUCUGAAAUCUGCCACAAAGAAAAAAUCAGCACAAUAGCGGCCUCAAGCAGAUUUAUCGCAUCAGGAGGGUAUGAUACACUGAUUAGGCUGCGAACUAUGGACAAUUUAAGCGAAAUUGCUGUGCUGACUGGACAUAGUAAAGAAAUUUUUAAUUUGUGCUUUACAGAAGAUGAAAAAUUUUUGAUAUCAGUUGGUGGGGAUAGCACUGUAAGUGUAUGAAGCACUUUUUAUAAAUCAAUCUCUAUAGUGUACUCUGGGCAUGAAAAUUGGGUAAGAAACUGCUGCAUUUCUCCUGAUGGGAGAUAUAUCAUUGCUGGAACUUUUGAUAACUCAGUCAGAUUUUGGGAUUUACAAGGUAACGACUCUGAAGCUUGUGGUAACUUUACAGCCCAUGAUGGCACAAUUGUGGAUAUCUGUAUAUCUUCAGAUGGAAAAAAUCUAUUUACUGUAAGCUUAGACAAGACUUUAAAAAUUUGAAACUUAUAUGAACAGAAUGAAAAAAUUGAUAAAUUAACAGGACAUAAAGAAGCAGUUACAGAUCUCGUUUUAAGCUCAGACUGCCUUACUUUAUAUUCCUCAAGCUUCGAUAUGACAAUUUGUAUAUGAUCUCUUUCCAGUGAAAAGUAUGGGUUGAUUGGCAAACUAUGUGGUCAUGAAAAAGGAAUCAGAGACUUAGAAUUGUCUCAUAACAACUAUUUAUUAUAUUCUGCAAGUGAAGAUGGCACAGUUAGAAUCUGGGACACAAAUGAAAGAAAAUGUUCAUGCAUUUUGACGUCUGAUGAAAAAAUGUUUUUCUGUGUCGCUUGCAAUACAAAUCUUUUACUAGCUGGAGGAGCAUCAGGGAAUAUUACUAUCUGAGAUAUAGAAACAAGGAAUAAAAUUAAUGUAUUAGUUGGACAUUGAAAUGCUGUGUCUAAUAUGGCACUGGCAAAAAAAAGUUUUACUUUAUACUCGUGCAGCUAUGAUAAGACAAUAAGAAUCUGAGAUUUAUAUACCAUGAAGCAGAUAAAAUUAAUAAACGCUCAUGGCGACCCAGUAAAGAAAUUAUCAUUGUCCAAAAGUGAAAAGAUGCUAGCUUCAGGAAGCUGUGAUGGUAAAGUGAAAAUUUGAGACUUAGAUGGAUCUCCUAUUGAUACCAAAUUGCAAGGCCAUAAUGCAUAUAUAAAUUCUGUCCUGAUAACAAAUGAUGAAAAUUAUGCAUACUCUGGAAGCAGAGAUGGGGAUCUCAUUGUGUGGUCUAUUGCUGAAAGAGUUGAACUGUUUAGGUUUAAAAACCAAGGACAUAUUAAUGCAAUAAUUGAAAAUCCGAAGACCUCAAGAUUCAUCCAUAGCUCCAGCUCUAGGAUUUUCAUCAGGAAUUUAAUGUUUAUUGAAAGAAAUUUUACAGUUUUUCCUCAAAAAGACUCAUUUUUAUUUCUUUUAUAUCUAAAAAACUUGCUGAAAGGCAAAAAGGUCCACUUUACAAGCCAAUGAAAUGACUAUAUUAUUUUUCCUUGAAGAGUCAAUGUUUUGCAUAUUUAUGCGUAUUUGAAUAAAUGGCAAGAUAUCAAAAAAGCUAUGAAAGCAAGCUGCAGAUUUUUGAUAAUGGACACUGGAGAAAAUCCAUUGUCAAUAGCACUGUCAAGAAAAGCUUUUAGGUCAGCUGAUAUGAUAAUUAAAUAUCUAGCCAAAUACUACGCUCCCAAAAACCCUUAUAUUUUUCACUCGCUAGAAGACAUAAUCACUAUUCUCCCCAAAUACACAAUUUAUCAAAUACUGGUUUAGGAUUAAUGAUCGUUCACUUUUGAUAGUGUGUAUUUCACCGAAUUAUAUUUUGUGGAAAAUUGGUCGAAAAUCUUUUUGAUAGUGAGACAUUUGACCCAAAAAAUUAAAUUUCGACGAAAUGUCACACUAUUUAAAGAUUUUUGGCUGAAUGUGUUUCGAUGAAAUGCACACUUUCAAAAAAUACAAUGUCAUUUAUCAAAUACACAUCUUCUAUUUUCUGCCGCAUUUCCAGAGCACCACAAAAAAGACCUCGCUGUUUUUGGGCUCGUUAAAAAGAAAAACAUUAUUUUAAGCAAAACAAGAAGCAUUAAAUGUGAAGCCCUUUGCAAAACUGGAGACGAUGCUGGAGAGAGCGUUAUUUUUAGAGCAAGCUUAUGCAAAUUUGCUUUAAAUUCAGGUGCUGAUGACAGUAUUUCAUUUUUAUUCUGCUUAAUGAACUGUGAAAAUACAGAACUUUUUCAAACGCCUUUAAUACAAGCAAUAUUAAAAUACAAAUUUUCACAAAUAAAAAAAUUUUUAUGAUUUCAGUCUAUAGUAUCAUUGAUUUAUUUGGCAUUAUUGAUUUCUUAUACAUUAUUCAAUAUGUAUGAAAUCAAUCAUAUUUUUAUUUUAUUUAUUUUUAACACAUGAUACUUAGUUUAUGAGCUUUUGCAAGUCUAUCAGCUUUGUUUCACAUAUUUUGGCGAUAUUUGGAAUGUUUUGGAUCUCUUAAAGGUUUCUACUCUUUAUAUUUGCUUAGGUCUUUCCUUAGGACAUGCUGAUAGCAAAGAUCUCCAGUGGCCAUUCACUUAUGCAAUAUUUUUUUCACUUAUGAGGUCAAUUGCGAUAUUUCGGAUGUUUGAUAGAACGAGAUAUAUGAUAAGGAUGAUUAUAGAAAUCAUAAAAGAUAUCAGCUCCUUUCUUCUUAUUCUUCUUAUGGCAACUUUGGCUGCUGGAUAUUCUUUUUAUUUUUCUAGUGAUUCUGACACCACACUGAAUCAUACUUUACUAAACAUAUUAUUGGUGAAUUUUGGGCAAUUCUUUUUAGAAGAGGCCACAUGGCUGGAAUGGUCUAUGUUUGUUUUUGCCUUAUUCUUAAAUCCUCUAAUACUGAUGAAUUUACUUAUUGCCAUGAUGGGAGAUACUUUCGAAAGAGUUCAAUAUUCAAUGCUGACUGCAAAUGCCAAAGAAGUUGCAAGCUUAGUACUAGAAAUGGAAGCAGGCUUAUUAUGAAAAAGAAAAAAUAACCAAAAAAAGUAUAUCCAGCAAUGCAUACAAAGAGACGGAGCUGAUGACUUAUCAUCAGCACUAUGGGAAGGCCGUGUUCGCACAAUAAGAAAAAAUUUAAAAAAGCUUGUAGAAUAUACUAAAAGCAACCAGCAUAAGCUUGAUGAUAUUCUAGAACACAUAAAAACCUUAGAAACAGCAUCAAGCGAAAUCGCUCCCAACAAAUUGUCUAGUGAAUGCUCAAGAUUUAAAUACAAAGACUUAAAAAAUCGCAUAUUAAUUUAA